AACACAGACAAUCAUACAUCAGAAACAUGAAAGCUUUAGUUGCACUUACCCUUGUCUUGGUCCUUACCGGCGCCAAUGCCGGUUUCUUGGAUAAAAUUCAAGAAACAUUUGGACAAAUCAAGAACACAUUCGCAAACGUCUUCAAAUCCAUCACCCCAGUUCUUGGUCAAGCUGCUAACAACGUUUUAUCUGAAUUGAAGAAAGAUGGUGCCUCGAUUUUGUCAUCAGGAUUACAAGCAUUAACACAUUCCGCUGGCAAAAGAGAUCUUGCUAUUCUCGAUAAAGUUGGACAAUUCAUCCAAAAGGGAGAAAGCGCCAUCGGUGAUUUGAGCACCCUCAUUGGAAACAUCUUCAACAAAGCUUUAACCGAACUUACCCAAGUUGCUCAACAUUUGGGAGAAGUUGAAAUCUUCAACCUUCCAUUAUCUGACAUCCUCCACAAAAUUGACAACAUUGUUGCCAACCACAACAUCCUCCAAGGAGGUAUCUUGAAAACAUUGAUUGAACACCCAGCUGAUAUCUUAUCUGAAGCCGUUCAACACAUCAUGGGAGCUUUGUCUCACCACAAGAGAAGUGGAGUCCUCGAUUCCUUGAAGAGCAUUGGAUCUCAAAUCGCUGGACAAUUUACCCCAUUCAUCAAUACUGUUACCCAACACAUCACCAACAUCGGAUCAGCUCUUAAGAAUGUUGGAUCUACCCUUCUUGGUGCCAUUAAACCAAGCAUUGAUGCUUUGAAAGGUAAACUCAGCACCCACAUCGAUACCUUGAAAAAUGUCGGAACCACACUUUUGGGACAUGGAAAGAACGCCAUCAGCGCUCUUACUGAUGCUGUUACAGAUAUCUUAGGUCAAACCUUCAAGAACGCCCAACCCACCAUCCAAAAAGCUGUUGAAACCGCCAAGGAUGCCGGUAGUGUUGCUAUUAACCACCUCACCAGCACUUUGACUGGAGGACACUAAAUGUCUGGACAAAGGUAUUAAAAAUAAAAAUAAAUAAAU